UGAGACUGCAUUCACGACAAUCACAUCACAGUCGCAAACAUGGCUGCCGUCGCACCCUUUAACCCCCGACCGCUGCUCCAGAGCCUCGUCGACAAAGACAUUGUCGUGCGCCUCAAGUGGGGCGAGACCGAAUACAAGGGCAGACUCGUGUCCGUCGACCUCUACAUGAACAUCCAGCUCUCCAACACCGAAGAAUUCGUCAACGGCGUCAGCUCAGGAACACUCGGCCAGGUCUUAAUACGAUGCAAUAACGUGCUUUGGAUUGGACAGGCUGAUGGAGUCGAGGCGAAGGAGAGCAAGGAUACGGCGAUGAGCGGUUGAGCCUGGCAUCCUGGGUUGAAAACAUGAUAUCAAAAGGAUCAGACGAAUGGCACUACGAAUGAGAAGAGAGGCACGAAACGCAGACUUCUGCGCUUGACGGCGCGACUGCGUGGUUUGGCACAAGACGACUACCUGAUACCACACAACAUGCGCACACGGCGCAGGUGGAGGACGAGCUUCGAAGGACAUUGACAUUGAUUCGAGCUAUAUAGAGGUAGCGCUGUGCUAUUCGAUCUCUU